AUGUUAUAUUUAUUAUUGAUUCCGGCUCUGGCUUAUGUACAAGAAUAAUAUCUGAUGGAAAUAUAUAACCAGGUGAAUAGCAUUAAGGAGUCCAUAUCUUAAUUGGAAUAUUAUUCAGCCUUAGAGAAAUUAGAAUGGAAAUCUCGAUAGGAUAGAGAGUUUGAGGAGGAAGGGAUGGCAAUCUACUUAGAACAUUACGCUGAUAUCCACAAAUUACUCAAGCAGAGAAUAAAUUCAGAAAAAAAGGAGAAGGACAGCCUAGAACUAUUUAUACACGAGACAUACCUAAAAGUGGCAAAUCUUCUAAAACGCCUAAUAAUUGAGAAAGAUAAAUUGAUUGAGACUGACAUAAGAGAAUUGGCGAAAUUAAAGCAUUAGACUAGAGAGGAUACGUAGAAACGAUUUUAAGAGUACAAUUUUUUACUUGAAAAAAUUAAAGAAGCGGUUGAUUCUCCAAAUAUUCAAGAUCUUUUGAAAACUUUAGAAUUAUUGGAAUCAAAGAUAAUGAUCGGUCUCUUCAAAUCCAAUCCUAGUUAGGAAUUGGAUUUCUUCAUCAAAGGAGUAGAUCGAUUGUUUAAAUAAAGCAACCAUUCGAAUUCAAAAAAUGAGGCUCUGCAAUUAUUAAGUUUGAUGCACAGUGUUAUACAAGAGACCAUUAUUGAAAUGAUGAAUGAACAGUUGGAAUCUUCCUUCGAUCUUUUGGAUAAAGAACUUUUCUACUCUCAAUCUAAAAGCACCCACUAACAAGCUAAGGAGUCUUUGACUACUCUCCUCAAUAAACUUGAAGUCACGGGAGCCAAUUUUUGGAAUGAGCAAUUGAAACUUAUUGGUGAUGAGGAUCAUUUGAUUCAAAUUUUGCAGAUAAUCGAUCAAUCCAAUAUCAUCAACAACUAUCAGACACUCUGA